GUCGCGGCGCAGAGGAAUGAUCGCAUUCUAAGCAAAAUUGUUAGUGGAGCGUCUAUCUUCGGUGGAAUUGAUCGAUCGAUGGAACUGGAACAUAAUGGGCUACGCAGUGAAAACAAAUAAUAAACACAACGCCAACUAUUACAAGGUCAUCUGUUGGAGCGCGUGGUGCUAGUGAACGGAAAAGAAAAAAAAAUCGCAAACUGUACCCAUUUAUGCGUUUCUCCCGCCCGUCGAGUGUGUUGGCGGUUUUAAAACACCAUGCUUGUCCUUGACCAAUAGACAAAUGCGGCAGCCGUUGUGCACACCUUAACUCGUGUGCGUGUGUGUGAUUUGAAGUUCGAUCACUCCGAUCAUUCAUGGCCCUUCAUCUACUUCGCGAGCAAGGCGAGCCACCUUGGAUCGAAGCUACCCUUGGAGUAUGGUUUGGAUAAACGCAGAAUGAAAAUCACCCAGCAGUGGCUCCAUCUCACCGGAGAAAAUGAAUCCCAACGCCAACGAGGAAAAUAGCGGGUCUUUUCGGUAUCGUGCCGAGUGAUAAGAUAACGAACACCUAAACGCUGUGAAACACCCCGCACAUCCAGCCCGCGCCCUGUGUUUGGCAAGGGGUGUCCUAAGGGAAAAAGGUGUUCACUAUGUUUCGGGCGCGUUAUCUACGGCCAAACGGUUACUCAUACGUUUACUCCGCCAGCAACACGAUUGGCGUAAGGUGACACAUUACUCCAUACGGGCCAGAGCGUUUGGCCAGACCGUAACUGUACUUACUGGCGAGAAUAGUCCCGGAGUUUUGUAGCUUUAGGACCCUUAAAGGGAGGGCAGUGAAAGUGCAAUCACGCCAAGAAUAAGUGAAAGUGUUCUCUACGCCGCAUGAUUCUUUGGAAGCGAAGGUUACUUUGACUUUCAAACUUUAAAAGUGUGACGCGUGGUCUCGCGGGUGUUUGAGUAUUCCUAGUCGUUAAGAUGCAUUCAGUCGGAAGAAGAUGUUGGGCCAGUUUGCCCUUGGUGCUCGUGAUUGGUGUGGUACUGCAGAUGCAUAAUCCGGAACCUGUCUACGCAUCCCCAGACGAGACAAACACGACCGAAGCUAGCACAACGCCAACGACAACGACAACUCCAGCAUGGAUGCCAUACGUAGAGGAGGCUUCAAAAAAUGGAAGUCCAUCGACGCUGACGUCGAAGCUUUGCACAAACUGCACGUGCGACGCUGACACCGGAACGUUCGAUUGCACCAGCAAGCAGCUCGGCCCGAACACGUAUUCCGCCGAAGCCUGGCAGUCGCUGAACGGGACCGGAUUCGUCGCCAAACGGCUCCUGCUGGUAUCGACCGGACUGAAGCAUGUGACCAGCUUCCCGCCGAUGAACGUGACGAUGCUCGACCUGAGCCAUAACGAAAUCGUUACGAUCGAAGCAAGCUGCUUCAUCAAUCUCACCGAGCUGGAGAUUCUCGAUCUGUCGCACAAUCUCCUCACGACCGAAGCCCUCACGCCGGAGAUCUUCGAGGGGCACUACUCGCCCAUCACGUUCGAGCCGCUGGAGAAACUGCGCGUCCUGCGGCUCGGUGCCAAUCAGCUGCAUUCGCUCAAUGCGGACCUGUUCGAGCACCUGCCGGCACUGCAGGAGCUCAGCCUCGAGCUGAACACGUUCAAGGUGAUCGACCACCAGUCGGAGGUGGCCAUUGCCGGCAUCGCCGGGCUGGUCAGCCUGGACUUGAGCUACAUGGAGCUGGAGGCGAUCCCGAAGUACUUACUGCACACGCCGCGCAGCCUUCGGUACCUUAAUCUGACCGGCAAUCUGCUGAAAGAGGUUCCCGAAGCCCUUAACUACGCCGUCGGUCUCCAAUGGCUCAGCUUGGACGAGAACCCCAUUCCUGCGAUCGUGUUGGGCAACGAGUUUCCAAAACUCAAAAACCUUACCUACCUAAGCCUCUCCUAUAUGACCGAGCUGAAGAUGAUCGGACGCGGGGCGUUCCGCGGGCUCGAGUCGCUGGAGGAGAUCCACAUUACCAACAAUCCGCACCUGAGCUACCUCCACGGGCAGGCGUUCGUGCGCAACGACACCGACAACCCGGAGCGGUUCGAUUGGCCGCCGGUGAAGCGAUUUUUCAUGCACAACAACAACAUCUCCUACCUCGACGCCCAGCUGCUUGUCCAGUGGGACUCGAUGGAGGUGGUUGACAUUCGCGUCAAUCCGUGGGCAUGCGAUUGCUCCAACCGCUGGCUGCUGCUCACGUUGCUUCCCAUCAUCGAGCGUACGACGCCGGCCAUCCUGAACAAUAUCGAAUGCUCGAGUCCGAAGCAGAUGGCGGGCCAGUCGAUGGUCGACUUGGAACACAAACAUUUCCACAUGCGGUGCCCGGAUGGGGCCGGAAACAACCCGUCGAACGAUGGGGCCCUGCUGAUGGGACUUCUCAUCGGUGUACUGAUUGCCAUUCCCUUCACAGCGGCCAUUUGGUGCGUGUACCGGCGCGGUUGCUUUGGUCUUUUCGGCCGGUCCAGCCCAGCGGCCUAUUCGCGCGCCUUCUACAGUCGAACCACGCUCAAUGAGGAGUUCUAA